AUGUCCAACGAACGCCUAACAUUCCCAACCUACCUCAUCCCCUCCUUCUCCUUCCCCUUUCGCCGUCGUCAAACCUCCACUUCUUCCAGCACAGCAGCAUCACUCAAUACAAAUACGAGCGCUUCGAUUCCCGGGUUAAGCCACUCACCUACAAGUAGUUAUAGCAAUACGCCCAUAGCAUCACCUACUUUCGAACACUUCCCUACUCACACAUAUUCCUCCUCCUCGGCCACAGAAACCAAGACGAAACAUAAUGAAUCCACCUACCCACUCUGCCCCUCCUCACGAUCUCGCACAUCCCCAGAACCCCAAGCAUCUUCUCCCCCUCAAGCGCACCUAACCCGACCCCACCCCUCCACAAUCCGCUGUCUUACCUGCUCCACUCACCUCUCCUACACAUCCCAAAUCGUAUCCAAAGGCUUCACCGGCCGGCACGGGCGCGCCUAUCUCGUAGCACCACCGCCUCCUACACCUGUCCCCAUCAUCCCGCCUUUCCCCCCCACCGCGCACGAUCGAUCGAAAAACCUCUCGAACAUCCGCAUUGGACGAGCUGUCAACCGAGAAUUAUUAACAGGGCAUCAUGUGGUUGCCGAUGUGAAUUGCGCGGUUUGCAAUACGUUGUUGGGGUGGAAAUAUGUGGAUGCGAGGGAGGCGGGUCAGAGGUAUAAGAUUGGAAAGUUUAUUUUGGAAACGAAGAGGGUGGUGGUGGUGCAUACGUAUGAGGAUGAGGAUGUGGUGCCGCAUAGUUGGGAUUAUAAGUGUGGGGAUGGAGGAGGUGGGUGUGAGGGGAUGAUGGGUGGAGGAGGGGUAGGUGGGGUUGGUGCGGUUGGUAGGGUGGGUAGAGGAGGUGAUGCUAGGGGACUAGAAGUAGAAACCAAAGAAGAAGAAGAGGCAAGUGGAUGGGUGCACUUUGAUUCAGAAGAUGAAGAUGAAUGUGAAGAGCUCUUUGCAGGGACUUGGGAUGCAGAGGUGAUUCAAAGGAGGAGAAUUAGGAGGGUGGAUCGGAGGAAGAAGGAGAGGGAGAGAGAGAGGGAAAGGGAAAGGGUCGCUAGUCAGGAUAGUGGGGUGGGAGGUUUGUAG